AUGGAUCUCUCAGCCUGCUCCGCCCUUCUCUUGACUAUCUCCUGCUGCCUGUGGAAUACUGAAGCCCGAAAUUAUUCUUCUGUGCUCAGGGUGUCAAAUGGGGGUUCCUAUGGUGAAUGGGGACCAAUUUCAUUUUGCACUUCUGGCUAUGCUACUGGCUUCACCCUGAAGGUGGAAUAUGAGCAAACGGUAGGUGACAAUACAGCUUUGAAUGGAAUCCGCUUGUACUGCAACGAUGGCACAAUACUCGAGUCUAAAGUUGGACCGUGGGGAAAGUGGACCAAAAAUAAAUUCUGCCGUAAAGGCUUCCUGGUUUCUUUUUCUCUGAGAGUGGAACCACAUCAAGGAAUGUUUGAUGAUACAGCAGUUAACAACAUCCAGUUCAAGUGCAGUGGUAGAAAGCGCCUGAGAGGCCGUGGCAAUAAAUUGGGUAAAUUUGGCCCAUGGAGCACAAAAUGCCCCUCAAAUGGCAUAUGUGGGAUGAGAACAAGGGUGGAGGAUGCACAGGGAAUCACAGAUGAUGACACAGCACUCAAUGAUGUGAUUUUUUACUGCUGUAAUGAUUGA